UCUUAUCAGUCGUCUUCGUCCGCGGAGAAAGAGAAAUCGGUGAAAAUUGCAAUCUUUCGCAGUUGUCUCGUCAAAAGUGGGUGUUUUCCGGUAAAAUCCGCCGUGUGAUGCGCAUCACGACCGCUCCGGGAGAGCAGCAGCACCAGCAGCAGCCAAACCGCGGCGCGAUGGCCCCGGCCAAACUCAACUACCGGAUCUCGGUGUCCACCUUUUUCGCCAAGUCCCACCCGAGUGACGAGUGCUGCGGGAGUAACGGGUUGCCGCUGACGCCGAACUCGAUCGGGAUUUACGGGCGGUCGCAGAAGCUGAAGGGGGAGGCGCUGCGGCACGAGAAUCUGUGCCAGUAUCUGGAUGUGGUGCGGGGAAAGCACGAGAGGACGAUAAUUGUGCAGGAAUAUGCGGGGAGUCCGCUGACGGAGACGUUCAUUGGUGAGAAUAACAAGCAGGAAACGCUGCUGCGGGUUGGGUUUCAGGUGUUGAGGGCGCUGGAUCAUUUGAAUCGGGAGGGGUUGAUGUGCAGGAAUUUGGAACCGGUGCACAUCUUGAUAAGUCGUGACUUUGGGGUCAAAUUGUACAACUACGGGUUGUACUACAUGACCCACUCGGGCAAGUACGUUUCGUUCCCGAUUGGAAAUGUGAAAUAUCACGCGCCGGAAGUCUUGCUGGGUUCGCGGGAAAACCCAAAAUCCGACAUUUGGUCCCUGGGCAUGAUCCUGGCCGAGCUGGCCCUCGGCUGCAAGCUCUGGGACACGGUCAAACUGUCCCAGGUUGCGAGGAAGGUACUCGCUUUCGUCAGCAUUUCCAACGUUUUUGAAAAACUCGCCCGCGAACACAAGCAAUUCCCGCUCUACCAAUCACUAGAUCCGGCCCUGCGUCGGAUCAUCGAGGCAUGUCUGCAGGUUUCCCCGCGGAAGCGACCCCAAGCGAGGGAGUUGCUCCAGGAUGAGGCGUUUGAUUUUCUACGCGAGGAGCGAUUCUGCGAGGUGGAUCGCCAAGGAAUGACCCUGCUGGAGAAGCACUGCGGACUGGCCGAGAUCUACUAUCUGUGGCAGCUUGCCGGCGGGGAUGUGCAGCAGGAGCUGAAGAAGGAGGGGCUGAUUAAGAGCGAGGCACCGAUACUGUCGCUACCGGACCUAAUCCUCCUAAACGGCAAAUCAAUCUCGCCGCCGAAAAGCCAAAGCUUCCUCCACGACGGUCGCAUCAUCUUUCUCAACUUCAACGCCCUGCUGGAGCGUCUCUCGCGCCUCCCCGAAGAGGACUACCUUCCGUUGAUCUACACCACCAACGCGUAUCUCGAAUCUCCCACCUUCAAGACCGAUCUCCCGCUGGUGAUCCGCGAACGGGACACCGUCUACCAGUUUCACCGGAUUAUGCUGCUCAAGACGCUCCUGCACGGCUACCCGUACACGCAGGACCUGCUCAAGAGCUUCGCCGCCAAAGACAUUCCACCGCCCUUCCGCGGUCACGUUUGGGCCUGCCUCCUUGGCGUCGUCGAGGGAAACGGCCUGUACGAACGGCUGGACAAGUGCAGUCCCACGCACACGGAUCGCCAAAUCGAGGUGGACAUUCCGCGCUGUCACCAGUACAACGAACUCCUCUCCUCGCAGGAAGGUCACGCCAAGCUGAAACGACUCCUGAAGGCCUGGGUUACCGCUCAUCCGCAGUACGUGUACUGGCAGGGACUAGAUUCGCUGACGGCGCCGUUUCUCUAUCUCAACUUUAACAACGAAGAGCGCGCCUUUUUGAGCCUGUAUCGCUUCAUUCCGAAGUAUUUGCAUCUGUUUUUCCUGAAAGAUAACUCGCGCAUCAUCAAGGAGUACUUGGUCAAGUUUUUCCAGCUCAUCUUCUUUCACGAGCCGGGCCUGGCGAAGCACCUGCACGGGAUCAACUUCAUUCCGGAGCUGUACGCGAUUCCCUGGUUCCUGACCAUGUUUAGCCACGUUUUCCCCCUCCACAAGAUCUUUCACCUCUGGGACAAGCUCAUCCUGGGCGACCACUCGUACCCCCUCUUCAUCGGCAUCGCCAUCCUCAAACAGCUCAAGAGCACCCUGCUCAAAUCGGGCUUCAACGAGUGCAUCCUGCUGUUCAGCGACCUGCCCGACAUUGUGAUGGAGACUUGCGUGAACGACUCCGAGACCAUGUACCAAUUCACGCCCAAGUCCGUAACUUACAGGAAGUUUGCCCUGCACGAGGAAGAACCGGGCGAGUUCGAUCUGAAGUACAGUGACGAUGACCACGGGGAGGUUCAGGCCGAGCUGUACCCGCGGCUGAGCGUGUACGACCUGAUCCGGCUGCUGCGGGACCGGCCGGCGAGUGUGGCCAUUCUGGAUCUGCGCAGCAACCUGGAGCACAAGAAGGUCGCGAUCGAAAACAGUGUCAACGUGCCGUUCAGUUCGGUUUCGCUGAAGGAAUCGAGGCUGGACGUUCUGAACGUGCCCCGGCUGGAAGCGUAUCUGCGGCGGAAGAUUGUCGUGGUGGUGGCCACGGCCCACGAGAGUGGGAUGCUGAUGGCCAAGUUCUUGGUGGAUUGUAGCGUGCCGUACGUUUGUGUGCUGAAUCGAGGCUUUGGGGCGAUUUACAAAAGCGACGAUAAGCUGCUGCUGCAGACCUUUGACUACAUGAACACGCUGGCCAAGUUUGUGCCGAACAUUGCUAGCUUUGUUGAAGCUUAGACUAUUAAGUGUUAUUUCUUACUCUCAGUAUAGUGGACUCUAUUAUGAUAUAAAUUAUAUAUUACCAGUUUUUCGAACAAGUA